GGAGACACUAUGGAGAAGUACCAGAUUUUGGGCCAGAUGAGUCCUGGGGCCUUGGGGGUGAACCUGGUGGUGGAGGAAAGAGAAAACAAAGUCAAGCGCGUGAUAAAGCAGGUGGAAUGUAUCGAUGAGCAUCAGGCCAACGAGGCCCUGGAGGAGUUGAUGCCCCUGCUGAAGCUUCAGCACGCCCACAUCUCCAGCUACCGGGAGCUCUUCCUCACGUGGAACAGUGAGAUCUCCUCUCUGUUCCUCUGCCUGGUGAUGGAGUAUAACGAGGGAAGCUUCCAGAAGAUCAUUGAGAAGAAGAGGGAGACAAAGACAAUCAUUGACUCUGAAUGGAUGCAGAACAUGCUGGGCCAGGUUCUGGACGCUCUGGAGUAUCUGCACCAGCUGGACAUCAUCCACAGGAACCUGAAGCCCUCCAACAUGGCCCUCGUCAGCAGUCACCACUGCAAGUUACAGGACCUGAGCUCACACGCACUGAUGACAGACAAACCCAAGUGGAACAUCCGUGCAGAGGAAGACCCUUUCCAGAAGUCCUGGAUGGCCCCUGAAGCCCUCAACUUCUCCUUCAGCCCCAAGUCGGACGUCUGGUCCCUGGGCUGCGUCAUCCUGGACAUGGUCAGCUGCUCCUUCAUAAACAGAACAGACGCCAUGCAUCUGCGAAAGUCUCUCCGGAGUGACCCGGCCAGGCUGUGGGGCGUCCUGCAGACCCUGGAGGAGAAGAAGAUCCCCAAUGUGGGAAGCUUCCGUUCUCUUCUGCCUUUAAUGCUGCAGAUCGAGCCCUCAGAGCGAGUGACAAUCAGGGAUGUGAUCAUCACCUUCGUGAGCAACAACUUCCAGUCCUCCAGUGUCACUCUGGCCCUGCACCAGCAGGUGGCCCCUCCCUUCAUCACUGACCUGCUGCUGGAAAGUAACAUCGCCAGCAUUUUAGAGGUCAUGCAGAGCUACUCCAGCAGACCUGAAGUCCAGCUCCAAGCCAUGAAGAGGCUCGUAAGAAUGCCUGCAGAUCAGCUAGGUCUGCCGUGGCCGAUGGAGCUGGUAGAGAUGCUGGUCGCCAUCAUGAAGCAACACGAGCGGAUCCUCGACGUACAGCUGUGCGCCUGCUCGCUGCUGCUGCGCACCUGGGGUCAAGCGCUGGGGCAGGACCGGGCCGCCGAGGUGCGGAGGGACAGCUCCGUCAUCCCCGCACUGCUGAGCAGCAUGUGGGCCCACCCUGAGUCGCAGCCGCUCCUGGUCAUGGUCUACAGCCUGCUCACCAUCAUCUCCAGCCAGGAAUUGGCCUCAGAGAAGCUACAGAAGGCUGGGCUGUUUGAGCACAUCCUGGAGCACCUGAGUACCUUCUCCACCAACAGGGACAUCUGCAUCAGUGGCCUGAGCCUGCUCUGGGCCCUGAUGGUGGACGCUGUCAUUGUGAACAAGACCCCUUUGGAGAAAGCCCCCGUCCUCCUCCUCAAGGUUCUGGCCUCGUACCCUGGGGACACGGAGAUGGCGGAAGCUGGCUGUGCGGUCUUCUGGCUGCUGUCUCUUCUGGGUUGCAUCAAGGAGGACCAGUUUGAAGACGUGGUGGCCCUGUUCCUGCAAAGCAUCCGGCUGUGCCAGGACAGAGUCCUGCUCGUGAACAACGCCUACCGGGGGCUGGCCAGCCUCGCGAAGGUGUCUGAGCUGGCAGCCCUGCAAGUGGUCGUGCCGGAGGAGGGCGGCAGCGGCCUCGACCUCCUCCAGGAGACGUACCAGCUCUACAAGGACGACCCUGAGGUGGUGGAGAACAUCUGCGUGCUGCUGGCCCACCUGGCCGCCUACGAGGAUAUCCUGCCAGAGCUGGCGUCCGGUGGCAUCCGGCCCCUGGUCAAGGAGAUCAAGGAGCGCUUCACCUCCAGCCUAGUGAGUGUCCGCGGGGACCCCACCAACCAGGCCUCCGACCUGCCUCUACAGUCAGAUGCCGGCGUCUCGCAGGCCACGGUGCUGGCCCGGUCAGUGCGGCGGCUGGGUGCAGCCGUCCUCAAGGGCAACAAAGUAACCUCCAGAAGCUCCGCCUCCAGUAAAAACCUGUAUUCGUGUUCAGUACCCUCUGUGGGCUUGGGUCUUCCUCGGGCAGCCGUCAGGCGGCUUGGUCAAGUCCGGCGCUUUGGGCACUGA